GUGCCCAGGAAGGAUGCUAAAAUGAAGAUUCAACCCAAAAGACAGAGCCUGCAGAUCAGCCGGUUGAUUCUUUGGAGUCCACUACUUUGCAGUGCAGGUCGCAGAUUGGGUCGCUUGUGAGUGUGGGUGCUGCGCAGGAUUUGAAGGAAGAAGAUGACACUUUGGAGGACCAGGAAGUAGAUGAAUUAGAGGACAAGCUGCCUGACCAAAUCCAUUCCCCCAAAGAGGAAGCUGUUGUUCGGAUGACCAAGUACCAUAUACCUCAAGGAGCAGGGGAUAUAGUCAUGAUUCAGUCGGAUCACACAGGUGCUGUGGAUAUUCUUUCAGCUGAGCUGGAGACUGCAGAUCUCCUGGGAGAGCAGAGGAAAGCUCAGCCUCCCCCUCUGGCUCCACCCACGACUUGGACCGCUGGGAAGAUGAAGGAAUUCAAAGCCAAGAUGGGAAAGGAGAAGAACAGCCGGAUGGUGGUGAAGCGAGGCGAGGUGAUGACAGUCCGUGUGCCAACCCAUCCUGAUGGGAAACGUGUCUGCUGGGAGUUUGCUACAGAUGACUAUGACAUUGGAUUUGGAGUCUAUUUUGACUGGACUACAGUUACUAGCACUGCCAUUACUGUGCAGGUCAGCGAAUCCAGUGAUGAGGAGGAUGAGGAGGAGGAGGAGGAAAUUGAAGGACUUGCCCCUGUUGGUGAUGUGGAAAGGGGCUCCAAAAGCUAUCUGCGGAACCGCUAUGGGGAGAUCAUGCCUGUGUAUCGGAGAGACAGCCAUCGGGAGGUGCAGGCAGGCAGCCACGACUACCCAGGCGAGGGUAUCUACCUCCUCAAAUUCGAUAACUCCUACUCUCUCCUCCGCAAUAAGACUCUGUUCUUUCACAUCUAUUACACUAGCUGAAGGAAUGGAGCGGGCAGGGAUGGCAGGCAGGUAGUGGUGAGCGUAGCACGCUGCCAUCCAGCCCUGGUACUUCCUAACGGGCACUGCUGUGUUACAGAGUCAAGGCACAAUUCUGCCAGCUCUUCUUCAGAUACAGACUGGCUUUCCCCUCCCCCCCCACCCUACUUCCCAGCUGACCCAGUGAAGAAGAUAGUUGUGACUGCCUGAUUGUCCACUGGCAGCUGUUCUUUUGGUAAAACCUCAGGAGGCCUGGUCUGUGCAGGCGUCGGGCUCGGAUGUUUUGUCACGUUCAGUAAAUGUCUGGAGGCCAGGUUCAGGUGUUUGUAGCUUCUUUCCGUUGCACUGGUACGAAAUGAAGUCAAAACACUUCUUGAUUUGUUACUGUUUUGUAAAUAACUUUUCAGAUUCUUCUGCUGCAUCUGUGUCGCUAGAGGGCGGCUGUCGGUCAGAAUGAGGCAACGUGACUGGCUGGUCACUGAACCACUGAUAAUGUGUCUCAUCACUUAGCACCACUACAUGUCACCACCAGCCAGUGCUUCCUUCCUUCACUUACUUGUGUAGGGAUGCAGUGUGGUCAGUGACAGCCUCUGUUGCAGUGGCCAGGUCAUGCUAAUACAGCCAGGCCCCAAACUGUGCAGUAACCAUGUCUUUAUACAGAGUGUGUAGUGGUGGGGUAUACCUAGGAGUCAAUAGGAAAAUCUUCCUAUGGAUUGGGAAUUGGGUAUUACAUCUAUUGAUUACAGGGUUAUGUAGGUGAUUAAAACUCCAGUGACCACCAAGAGUUUUCUCUGUAAUCCAGAUGUGAAGUGGAAGAAGAGACUUACUGCUGUGCUGAAUAAAUGCAAAAACAGCGAGCAGAUUGGUUUACAACCAGUAAACAUACAGUAGAUGCUUCUUAGCAGCAGCAUGUUGGUUCACUGGUAUUGCUGCCAGCUGGGUAAUAUAGUAUGUAGUAAGGAAAAUGCUCCCUAGGGAAGUGUAGCUUGUCAGCUGCUAUUGCUGUUACAAGGUAUUGUUACAAAAGAACACCUGCUCAGAAGCUCAGAAGGUGUGGGAUUUAAUCAAUGUUUUCUAUAGGCUAGAAUCAGCAAGGCCAUUGCUAACCCUGACCAUGUGCUAAAGGACAGAGUUCCUUGGUGUGUUUUAAUGGCUAGCAAUGGCAUUAGUGAUCACUUUCUGCUCAAGUGUUGAACAAGGAUUAACUUAAUCUUUCAGAGAUGAAUUUUAAGUCACGUUUAUCUGUAACUCACUGUAGUUCUCUUUUAUUUUAAUACUUUUAACUUAAUCGUUCUCUCUUUAAGAAUACUGUUUUACAUUUUGAUAGCUCUUUGCAGAGAUACAAAAUGGCUCUUUGCACGGUGAUUCUAGUAGAGUUCUAAGUUCUAUUUUUAAAUCCUCCAGGUAAUGCCCCUCCACUUGGUCUGCUCCCUCAGUUGAGAGGGAAUGAGGGACAAAAUGACUUUUGGGUAGAUAAAACCAAAGACUUCACUCUCCUAGGAGGGUUGCAUGUUUCCUAUUCAGGCUAUAUUUUAAUGCUCUGCAAUUUGCCUUGUAGUAAGAUUCUUCUUUUAACUUCCUCUGCUCAUGUAUUCACUGCCCCAAAGCACUUAGUAGUAGGUAAAAAAGACGAGAGGGAGAAAGAGAGAGAGUAAAGCAGUCAAAGCUAGUCUUCC